GGCGGCGCCCCGCCCCCCGGGAGGCUGAGCGGUGCGUUCGGGCCGGAGAGUUGUCAGCGGAGCGGAGUUGGGGGCUGCCGCCGCUCGGCAGCGCGGAGGCGGCUCGCGGUGCCUCGGCCUCUGCCGGCCGGGGCGCGGGGAUGGCCGCGUCGGGAGGGCCACGCUGAGCCGAGCGACCCCGCGGGGGCCAUGCCACCGGCCGCCGCGGGAGGGGAGCCGGGCGGGACGGCCGCCCCGCCAGCGCCCGGCAGCGCUUAAGCCCGCGCCGUGCCCCGCGCGUCGCCAUGGACGAGCGCUUCAACAGGUGGCUGCUGCCGCCGCUGCUGGCGCUGCUCUUCCUGCUCAUCGUCUACCAGUACGUGUCGCCAGCCUGCCCCGGCGCCGCCUGCCCCCGCCGCCCGCCCGCCUCGGUCCCCGCCGCCCGCCGCGAGGAGCACCCGGCGGAGCGGGACGAGGAGGAGGAGGCGGCGGCGGCCGCCGUGCCGCGGCUGGAGCCCAAGUUCCCGUUCGCGCGGGGGGAGCUGUGCCGCCGGGUGCGCUUCGACAUGCGGGGCCGCGACGUGAUCGUCUUCCUGCACAUCCAGAAGACGGGCGGCACCACCUUCGGGCGGCACCUGGUGCGCAACAUCCGCCUGGAGCAGCCCUGCUACUGCCGCGCCGGGCAGAAGAAGUGCGCCUGCCACCGCCCGGGCGGCGAUAAGGACACCUGGCUCUUCUCCCGCUUCUCCACCGGCUGGAGCUGCGGGCUGCACGCCGACUGGACCGAGCUCACCAGCUGCGUGCCCGCCGCCAUGGAGCGCCGCGGCUGCGCCGGCAACCGCACGCUCAGGAACUUCUAUUACAUCACCAUGCUGAGGGAUCCAGUAUCACGAUACUUGAGUGAAUGGAAGCAUGUCCAGAGGGGCGCAACGUGGAAAACUUCCCUUCAUAUGUGUGAUGGAAGAAGCCCAACACCAGACGAGCUACCAACCUGUUACGAAGGAGAUGACUGGUCUGGAGUCAGUUUACAGGAGUUCAUGGACUGUAGCUACAACUUAGCCAACAACCGCCAGGUGCGCAUGCUGGCAGAUCUCAGCCUGGUGGGAUGCUACAACUUGACUUUUAUGAACGAGACUGAGAGAAACGUGAUUCUUCUCCAAAGCGCCAAGAACAAUCUGAAAAAUAUGGCCUUCUUUGGGCUGACAGAAUUUCAGAGGAAAACACAGUAUCUCUUUGAGAGGACAUUCAACCUGAAAUUCAUUUCCCCAUUCACCCAGUUCAACGUCACACGGGCCUCCAAUGUGGACAUCGGUGCGGAUGUGCGGCGACGGAUAGAGGAGCUGAACUUCUUGGACGUGCAGCUUUACGACUACGCCAAGGACCUGUUCUUGCAGCGCUUCCAGUACUCCAAGCAAGAGGAGCAUCAGCUGAACCGCCUAAAGAGGCGAGAGGAGCGGAGGCUGCUGCGGGAGCAGAGAGCUCACCAGUGGCCAAGGGAAGAGGCAGCAGAAGUAGCUGUUACUGAAGAUUAUAAUAGCCAGGUUGCACGGUGGUAACGCUCCUCCAUCUUGUCUAACCCAUGGGAGGAUCAGAGAGGCUGAUUCUUUGUGCAGCUCGGCUGCCUGGACGUCAGCCAAGGAAGGCCAAUCACCAUAGUGAAUGAUACAGCAUCUGACAGCUAACCUUCCUUGUAUCAGUUUUUCUUGCUUUCUGUCAGUAAGAAGAAUAUAUUUUUUUUUCUCCGUGUACAUUCAUUAGUGUUAUUAAUAGCAGUAGAAGAGAUUCCUAUCCAAACAGACUUCCUUCCAAACCCUAAGCUGUGAGAAUGGGUUGAAGAGAGAGCUGUGUCUAUGACAUUAACAGACGUACCCUCUACAAUCUGAGCUACCAAAACUUGUGCAGACAUGAAUCAAAAUUGAAAAAAAAAAAAAAAAAAAGUUUUGAUUCCUCUGUGUUGUGAGAGCUGGUUUAUUUCAUAUUGUCCUUUGCAACUGUAGUAUGUAGCUUCCUAGUGAAUGAAACGGAGGUAAGCAUAUUGCCCUUCAAACUUCUACAUGCUGGGUUUUGAUUAAGGAAAGAAUUUGCUGAGGUGAUUAAAAAAAGAUGUAGGAAAUGUGGGAUUGGUGCAGUGCUUGUUCUUUUCUGUAAACCCGCAGUCAGAGAUCAUUUGUAAGUGAAUUGAUGGGGGGUUAGCUUAUUUCUCUGCAGAUGUUAAGAGUAUCAGACUCAGCCAGGUAGCAGCCGUCUUUUGGAGUGUGUGUGGCAAAGGGAAAGCUGGAAUGCAGAAACUGGGAAAUGAGGACCUCGCUGCAGCUGGCCACACGCUGCCAAGAUCAUCUGGCUGUAGGCAGUGAAAUCAGCCUUCACAUUCACAAAAGGUGAAGAGGGGCCAAGCGAACUACAGGAAAAAAGAAAGAGAGAACAGGAAAAGCUUAAAUAUUAGUGUGACGUUUUCUAGGUUUGCUGCAAAAGCCUGGAGAUAUAUUAUCUGUGAAGAUAGGCAGGUUUAUGAUAUUGUCUGUUAAAAUACAUUAAUGCCAAGUGAAUACAAUUUAAAUUGGUUUUCUCUCUAACUAUGGUAGUAUCUACAAAAAAAACCCUCAGCUUUCAUUUUUAUAAGAUACAUAAUGGAUAUGUGGGAAGGCUUGAUAUUUAUUACUCUGUAUGAAGAUUCCUUGUAAAUUAAUUGUUUUCAUGAAGAGAAAUCUGUAUCUGGCUUAAUUCCUCAUCUACGAAAAGAUUCAAUGGAUUCUUCAUCCACACAUUACGUUCUUAACUGCACCUAUUUAUUCUGAUAUUUUUUUCUUGAUUCUAUUUAUAAUGGUGGAACUUUAAAAAGAGGAUCCUGUGCAUCAUAGAUCUUUUGAGGAAGUUUUUUUCCUUCUUCUAGCAUAAAUCUAAAGCAUUAGGAGGAAAUUUCUCUAAGUGCCUCAACGUGGCUGCUAAAUCGAGAUGCUGAAAGUAUAUUAUUGCAUGCAUGAAUGGCUUUUACCUUACACAUUUACUAAUUAGAGAUAGUGGAGUACCUGAUGUGGAUGCACAUUUCUCACUUAUUUUCAGAAUUGAAGUUUUUAGCCACUCAUUAAAAGUUAAAUGUGCUGCAGGAAAAGAAGUCAAGUUUGAAAAUUUAUCCCUUAUUUCCAAAUGUUGUUUUCAAUGCAUGCUGUAUCUUUUUUAGUUCCAACGGUGUUAUUGCUGCUUAUCUAUGCACAAUAACAAAAAUAUGAUCUAACAAUUCUGUUGAGAGUUAAUGCAUACAACAAUAUGUUCAACUUGGAAUGUCAUAAAGAACACUAAGAAGUGAAGGAGGUUACUGGGGUGACACCUCAGUAUCGAUGUAGCUUAUUGGCAAUAUGCUUCUUUACAUCAGUGUGCUAUUUUUGUGGUAAGCAGCAGGGCUGUUGGUCCAUAACACCUGUUCUACUGGUGGAUGUCAUACACCUCCUCCCACCUCUGCCUUCAGAAGGGAAAUGAUGGGACUGCGGUCAUUCUCCUGCCUGAGCUUGGGAUGUCCAUCUUAGAGAAGACUACCUGAUGUCGUGAAUGGAUCCCCAUCUCCCUGAAGAGGCUCUCAGACUCCUCACUCACACAGAAGUACCUGUGUUCAGGGGUUUGAAUUGAAGCAUUUACAGUCUGGGACCAACUCUCACUGUGCAUGCAAGAGAAGGGAAGGUGCCUGUGGCACUCCAUACACCAUGUCCAGGGUCUGCGACUGCUCUUCUUGUCUCUGUGAGCACAGGGAUUUGGGGUGCCAGGGGGACCCCGAAGGGCCCCGUGGCAAAGGCAGAGAUGGGCAGGAGCAGGGCUGCUGGUGGGUGUGCGGGAGAGAAGGUGAGUGCAUGGAAGGAAAGAUGCAAGGACAAAUUUGUAUUAAAGAGAAAGAUAAACAAGAAAACAGAAUCAGUCCCAUUUGUAAAGUGUCCCUCAGCACCAAAAGGGUCCCCUUUGUCUCAUCCCUGCCUCUCUCUCCAGCAGACUGCCUCUCCACACAGCUCACAGCAACAGGGGCCUCGUUUUUCAUUUCGGAAAGGCGGUAUUAUCUUUCAGGGGAAAGGAGAGAGUGAUAGCAGAAAUUGUUCCCUGCAGCCCCACCAGUUGCUCAAAGCAUCAGCUUCAGUUCUCUAGGCACACCAACAGCUCUCCAGACUUCUGCACAACGCAAAACAAAACCUAAUGAGGAAAAUCAAAGCAGUCUUUGGGCAGUUUACAUUAACUUUAAUGGUUUGGCAAUACCUUAAUGCGAUGCCUAACCUUUUUGUCAGUCAUUCCCCAGGAGACAAGUUAGGGUACUGAAGAGCUGCUAAUGCGCUGUAGAAUCUACGUUAAUGGGAUUUGCCUUAACGCUUGGGACUUUGUUAAAAUUUAAGGGUUUUGUUGUUUUUUCUUUUUCCUGGAGCCUGUAUGUCACAUAGCACUGGUUUUGUGGAAUUGGAGGCAAGAGGCUGACAUCUUGCUGUCACCAGAGCCCAUAGCCCCAUCAGCUCCCUACAGCUACAGCAGUAAGUCCAGUGAACCCCCAGUGCCAACACUGCUGCUAUCCUUAGCAGAUAUUCUUGACACAUCCGUAAUAAGGCAGUUCUGAAAUACUUUCAGGUGGACUUCUCUUAAGACACAAGCAUGCAGCUUUUUCUUCUGUAGGACAGCACCUAAAAUAACGUAAAACAGAAGAAGAAUAAAGGCCAUGGUUCAUUUCUCUUUUGUUCCAGUUUUCAUUGCUCUGGCAGUGCAGGCUUCACUGUAACUACAUCCGCUUGUGUAAGAUCAGAGAGCAGUGUGUUCCUUUCAAAACAUUUGUGAGCAGCAGCACUGUAGAACUUCUGUCCAUGGUAGUGGCUUUAUUUUGUUGUUUAAACAAGUUAAUUUGGCUUCUGCUACUGUGGUGCUGAAACAAAUCGUAUUCUUUUCUAACGGAGAUGUACUUACUAAUAUCCCCCAUCACAUCUUCAGCACUGGCUGCCUUUUCCAGUUAUAAUUUGCUGUAGGCUUGGAGCGGACAGAGAAACAUGCUGUGUUGUUGAAACGGGUUCCUGGUAAUUUGAUGUCUAGUCCAAGAAUUCAGCCUAUUGCCUAUGGGCUGUGCUUUAUUAAGGAGUGGAAUUUUUUCCUCUCUUCCUCACUCGUCAGUGCUAACAAUAAAAUGCUUUUUCACCAUGGGGAAAUGAAAAAAAUAAUACACUUUAUCAUGUUUGGUAUUAUUCAUUGCAAUUGCAUUAGCAAUGAGGCUGUAAUAGCCUUGCUAGGACUUCUGCCCAGCAUGUGGUAGUUACCUGCAGUUUGCUAGAAACAGAAAUAGAGGGUAAAAAAUUUGAAGGAAAUCAGAUCCACAGCCAAAUUCCUAACUUUAGUGUCUCUGUUCAACCUGUCCAAAUGGUGGGUCACAUCACCCUUGAAUCUGACAGUGUUUCAGAGUUGGCAUCCACUUCUAGCUGGGAGGGUCUUGUUUCCUACACAUUUUCAAGAGGUUCGAGUAUCAGUAACUAUGACUGAGUGUGCUGUUAGGGACGUUUCUCAGACUGACCUUCCAGAUAACACAUUUCGUUCUGUCCUAGUAGGUUGUUUUCCACCACAGUCCUUGCCAGAACUGAGCACUGAUGCUAUAAAAUUUGUUUUCUUGCCGCUACAUUUUUCCUCCAUUGCUGUUCCCCUGAUGCAUAUGAAAUUAUUCUUUUUUGGUAUGGGAUAGGGAAUAUCUGUUUUCCAGGCUAGUGGAGAUUACCCUGUAUGAGGCAUUGAGAUGACCACAAUGAAAUCAUUCUCAUAUAAUAGAUUGCUGUAUCCUUCCUUCAUAUGGCAAAAGGAUAUUCAGAAAAGGUACUCAGUUAGCACUGAAAUGCUCCAUUCAGUUUGUAAUACUUUAUUUAUGUUUCAUGGAGGGAAAUGGGUUCCAUAGCCUACAAGGACCUUGGCUUUCUUCUUGGCCAUAUCAAUAGCUCUGUGAUUUCAAAGAAAUGUUGGAAAAAUCAAGAGUUCCCAUUAGUUGCCAUAUUUGAGAUAAAAGAGUAAAUUAAUAGGCUGUAAAUUAUCUUAUUCUUUAGGAUUUUUCCUUCUGUUUAUGUGCAAUAAUGUGUGUGAACUCUGCUACUAAGAGAUUGUAUUGUGAGUAACCAUAUCUACUUUUAUUCCUAUUUAAAGGGUAGUUUGUAGACCUAGGGGUUUUCAUUGAUGUAAAGCACAAUUUAAUGAAUUAUUUAAUGUGUUUAACCAUUGUGAUGUCAAAAGCAAUUGUUUUCAUAUAUUUAUUAGUUGGUGGUUUUCUGUAAAUUGAUACUCAUUAAGAAAUCUGUUAAAAAUGUUUUGUUGAAUAUUGUUGGGUCCAUGAACUACUUAUGAGCAACAAAUAAACAUUGAUUGCAUCUUUGAAAUA